AUCUGGAAUCUUUGAACACUUCACAAUGAAGAUCUUGCUAGUUCUUGCAAAUUUAUUUCUCUGCAAUUCAGCCUAUAAUAUAAACCAUCAUCGUAUAAUUGGAGGAGUACAUGCUAUACCUGGAGAGUUUCCUCAUAUGCUUUCAGUACAAAUGAAUAGCAGUAGUAACCAUGGCCAUUAUUGCGGAGCCUCAAUCAUAAAUGACAGAUGGUCCCUCACGGCAGCUCAUUGUGUUAAACCUAUGUCAAUAGAUACUGGCGAAGUCGUUGUGAUUGCUGGUGCCUGGGAUUUUAAUAAACCUUCAGAGUAUCAACAGAAAGUAAUGGUGGACCAGGGUAUUCAACAUCCUAGCUACAAAGGUCUAGGAAAAAGAGUAGCAUUUCAUGAUAUUGGUUUAUUGCACCUAGCAAAAGCUCUCGUAUGGAAUGAUUGGAUUAAACCUGUGAUUUUACCCCAUCCCAAUACCCCUGUCCAUGACGAGGCAGUAUUUUCUGGAUGGGGCCUCAUCGAGGAUACGCCAUCUGGCUCAACAAAUAUUCUUCAACGAGCUACAAUGCGUGUCAUUACUGUAAGUGAAUGUUAUCAUCUUCUGGUUCCACUAGAGAAAACGGAAGACCUCUUUCUCGGAAGAGAUAUCUGCACAAAGCCCUAUACUGAAGGACUAUCUGUCUGCAUUGGAGACUCUGGAGGGCCUUUCGGUGAAUGGCAUGGUGAUGACUUUCUCCAACUAGGAAUUGCUAUUUGGACUAUCGGCACAUGCGGUGAGGCAGAUGUACCAUCAGUUUUUGCGCGUGUAUCUGAAUACCUUGGAUGGAUUCGUUAUUACGUCGAAGGCUAUAAAUAUUAAUUUUAAUGUAUUAUACCGUAGAUGCGGGUGACUUUCUCCCAUGCGGGUAACUUUGAGCCCCUCCUGUCCGUAAGCUUUUCUUUAAUUCUAAUGCUUAAGAACGGUUCUCACCGGGCAUUCAUGGUAAAUCGGAUCGGUAAAGACAAUCCUUAAAUUCUAGAAGUAAAUAAAAGCUUACGAACAGGAGGGGGUCAAAGUCAGUCACAUUGGACAAAGUCACUCCCACUUACGGUACUGUAAAGUUUGUCAAUACAUAAGGGAUAAAACAUGAGCGAA